UUAAAUCGUGUCUGGUUUGAAAUCUGACACUUUACCUGACAUGUAAUGUAGCUUUUGGUUUCUGAAACAACUUCUAAAUAUUAUUUUUAAGCUUGUCACAUUAUGCGAAAUGUCAUGUAGGGACAUUUAAAAAACCUUGAAGUGAAAUAAGCACAUGUAUUCUCUCUGCAAGAUUCAAUCAGCAGGGGGCGCCAGCUAAACACAGCUGCAGUCGUGAUGCAACCCUCUGACCGAGUUAAACAUUUUUAUCAGCUCGGAGAUUAAUGAUGCUUCAUGAUGUUCAUGGUGUUACGGCAUGACACUCUGAGUUAGUUGUCAGAUUCUCGAACACAAACAAUGGUUCUCUCCCAUCAUGAAACCUAAUAUCUAAAUGUUUUCAUCCACACAUAGCUUUCUUACCUCUGUUGCAUCUUUUCGAGGAACAUGAAAUGAUUGUCCUCCUGUCCAGUUGUCUGGGAACAUGUACCAUGUGAUCUUGUGCAACAGUUUAAGAAUAGCUUACCCCUCAUGUUUACCGUACUUUGUGUUGAUGUGCCAAAGAUACUGAUGAAAUCAUGUCAUAAGACACUUGGGUAACCAUUGAUCAUCAUUUCUUGUUGGAAAAGGUAAAUAAAGAGUGUUCUAGAUGAAAAAUGAACACAUUGGACUAUUUUGAGAGGUUUAAGUAAAGCAUCUUUUAAUAAUCCGACAAAGCAAUUGAUUGAAAUAACACUGUUCUUAUUAUCAUGUGAAUUGGUUUUCCAUACAUCCACUCUUUAUUGACUAGGUUAUGACUAUCCCAUUGCUAUUGUCUCUAAAUAACAAUUGGACCACAACAAAUGAGGAGUCUUACAAGCUUAUAAACAAUGACUAUUAGGCUUUCAAAUUACAUAAAUAACAUCAUAUCACAUAACACCUGCCCCACUAAUGGACCAGAACUUUUGAAUUUGACCUGCAGACAACCCCAACAGUCAUGUAUAAAGAACAGAACUCAAAAGUUAAAUUGUUACUUUUGAAAAGAAAAAGACUUAAAAAGGAAAAAAGGCCUAAACUUGAUUUAAUCAAUGAUUCAAUAAAGUUAUAACUAAUCAUUUUAAUUUGACAUCAUUGGUUGACUGUCAAAAGCAGUUAUUUGUUUUUUGAGUAAAUAGAACAGAUUAUAUAAGAAGAAAACUGGAUACACAACAACAACAACCUCGAGGAGAUAAAAUAUUCAGAACAGCACAGGUGUCACAGAUGUUGACACUGACUUGUUUACAAAUUGGACUGAGUUUCCUAUCUGAGCCUGUCACAUGGGUCAUGGUUGACUCUGCUCAGACUCCACCUGUGUUGCUGUUAGAUGGGACGUCAUGCCCACUGGGACACGAGACACAUGCUGCCCCUGGUUGGAGGGGGCCAUUUUCUGUGAAAACAUCCCAAGGAAGCAAGCUGGCAGGAAUGUGUGCUCUGGUUGGUGGACAGGAUCAGAUGUCACCAACUGAAGGGCUGCUAUAAAGGGCCGAGCUGCUAGCUGUCACCCAGAAUAGAUAUCAGCAUUCAACAGCACACACUGAGGACGAGGUUGGAGAGUUUGCCCGCCAUUUUAGUUACCGACAGAGAAAAGUUGGUAAUUUUACUUUGUGAAUCGGGACGCUUACUGGUCGAACUUCAGCAAGCUUUUUCAUUAUGGACAUCCAGAGAACAGGAUCUAUGGUUCGUCCCCCGAGCCCCAUGGAUAGCCUGGAGAAGCAGCUGAGCUGCCCUAUCUGCCUGGAAAUGUUCACCAAGCCGGUGGUCAUCCUGCCCUGCCAGCACAACCUGUGUCGCGGUUGUGCCAGCGACCUGUACGACUCACGAAACCCAUACCGCUUCUCUGGAGGAGUCUUUCGCUGUCCUACCUGCCGCUUUGAGGUUGUGCUUGACCGCCAUGGUGUACACGGGCUCCAACGCAACCUGCUGGUAGAAAAUAUCAUCGACAUCUAUAAGCAGCAGCAGGAAGGUAACAACAGCGGAAGCACGGAACCAACCCUAAAGCCUAAAGAAUCCAAAGAGCCGAUGUGCCAGGAACAUGAGGAUGAGAAAAUCAACAUCUAUUGCAUGACCUGCCAGGUUCCCACCUGCUCCAUGUGCAAAGUGUUUGGUCAGCACAAAGACUGUGAAGUGGCACCUAUACCAAGUGUUUAUCAGGCUCAGAAAGGGGAACUGAGUAAUGCUAUUGAUACCCUGGUCGCCAGCAAUAGCCGCCUGCAGGCCCUGCUCAAUCAGAUGGAAGAUUCCUGCCGUGUAGUGAUGGAGAACUCUCAGCGUGCUAAGCAAGGGCUAGGUGAACGCUUCGACCUGCUUUAUGCUGUACUGGAAGAGCGCAAGACCAUUCUGCUGGAGCAGAUUGGUAAAGAGCAAGAUGAAAAGGUGGCAGCUCUGCGGGCCCUGGCUCAACGUUACGUCGAACGCCUGCAGACCAGUUCAGAGCUCACAGACACGGCUGUGAGGGCGUUGGAGCAGGGUAGUGCUGCUGAGUUUCUGUUAGCCUCCAAGGGCCUCAUCACACAGACCAAGGACGCAUCCAAGCACGCUCUGGGCGAGGAGAGGCCAGAGCCAGGCUAUGAGAAGAUGGACCACUUCACUUUGUCUACAGAGCAUGUUGAAGCUGUCCUGGCGAAAAUGGACUUUGGAGGAGGUGAUGCAGAUGAAUUUGAAGAUGCAGAAGAUGAGGAGGAGGAGGAAUAAUGAAAUCCAACUGGUCAUGGACUCUUAGGAAAUAUUAAAAUGUGUAUUUUUGAAGGUUGUGUGUUCGACAGAGACUCUGUUUAAUGUCAAAUAUAUUAUAAGGUUAAGGGAUGGGCUAAAAUAGCUUGGCCUUACUUUCAGUGCAAUAUUUAAUGUUAAUGUUGUACCUUUUCUUAAUGUCUUUUUAUACUUUUGUACUUUAAGUCGUUGAAAUGAAAAAAAGAUCUUCAUAUGAGUGUAAAUUCAGGAUAUUGGAUGAUUGCUAACACAUCAUUAUCCUCAUAGUUAGCUUAUGGAAAGAGUCAUUUGUAUUUUUCUCACUUUGUUUUAGUUUGAGUUGAAUCUGUGAUCAGUUGAUCUGCCUGUAAUCACCAAAUCUGUCUUUCAAGAAAUGUGGAAUAAAGCUGCAUGAAGUCAAGAAUCUUAUUUCUUUUUUUCUUUUUUUUUUUAACUAAAACAUAAAGUCUAAGGGAGCAUACAAAGGACUAAAACACGACGUCCCAACAUUAUUUAGGUCAUACAGAGUGGAGUGCUUCCAUCAAAAUGUCCCACAGUCUGCUGUUGCUGCUCUUACUUGGCAAUAGGCUGCAUGUAAAAAUAAAAGCCCUUGCCAUGUCCUGUCUGCUUUGCCUUAGCCGGUGAAGAGUGGGGGCUAUUUUUAAGAGGUGAGAGGGUGUGAAGUGAUAGCCGCCCUGGAAUAGACAGUGAGGGAAGGACAGGCCAGGUCCUGUUUCUCCUCCAUAAAAACUCCCCGUUCUCCCACACAUGGAUGCUUUGCUCAGCAGCUCCAACCCAACUCUGUGUGGGUGUCAAGAGAGAGCCUACUAAGAAAGGCCCGUCCAGCUGCCACACAAGUCAUCUCCUCACGGUCAAAAGGCCAAAGUAAAAAUACACGUCUGCCUGGGGACUGGGUUACAAAAAGCCCCUUGAGAUGACCUGCUUGGCUGUGUUAGAAACAUAUGCUCUGAGUCCUCAGUUCUUUUCUUAUUUUCAGCAGGUCGGAAUCAAACAAGGUUUUCAAAAAACAAAGGAGGAACCUUUAUGAACAGUGAUAUACAGUGUGAAUGAAAAAGGUAUCAUGAUCCAAACCCUUGGGAUCUAAAAGACUUAUAUGUACUUAAAGUUGAAGUAAUCCAAUAGACUGCUUUGAGUGCAGUAUGUCAACUAAAAGGGAUUUUUCUUUUGGCCAAUGUCAGGCUCAGAUUAUCAUUAAAACCCUCUAAGGGAAUGGGUUGGCUUCAGAAAUGCUGCUUUUUGUGCAAUUUUAAACAAGAUGCACUUGUUGACACCGCUCUUGUCAAAGCCACGACACUCCAUUUAAAAAAAAAAAAAAAACAAUGCUUCAACCAUUUUGAUAGUUUCUAACCAAUUCAUUUUAUCACUCUUUAUCACACAAUUAUGCCGACAAUAUAAGUUAUCAAGGUAAAUGGACUUGAGCUUGUGUAGCAGGUCACACCUACACAUUCACACACUGAUGGCAGAGGUUGCUAUGUAGUG